AUGGCUUCCAGUUGCAUUGGUUGGACGCCAUUGCUGCUCUGUCUCGUACAGCUCCUCCACUUCCACACACAUGCCGCCUCCGCCUCCGGUGUCCAUCCUCACGGGCAUGCCAACCUCACUCGCCACCACUCUGCUCCUUGGCUAUGCCGUCCAGAUCAGGCAAACACUCUGCUUACACUCAAGCAGUCUUUCAGCUUCCACCCAAACGGAAGGUUCCCACACGACUUGGAGUCCACCACCACUCUUCCGUCGUGGAAACCUGGCACGGACUGCUGUCUCUGGGAGGGCGUCGGCUGCAGCAACUCCUCCUCAGGCCAUCAUGUCGUCACAGCUCUCGACCUCAGUGGGUUUCGAUUGAACAGUGAUGGAAUUCACCCCGUGCUGUUUAAUCUCACCUCCCUCAGGAUGCUCGACCUGAGCAUGAACAAUUUUAGGGGCUACGACAUCCCAUCAGUUGGUUUCGAGAGACUCAGUUCGCUUACCCACCUCAACCUCUCCACUUCAGCAAUCAGCGGUCAGGUACCUAUUGGCAUUAGCAAACUCACAAACCUUAUCUCCUUGGAUAUUUCGGAUCUUUCUAAUGAUAUUGAAGACGCAGAAGACGACUGUGAUAUCGAUGCCAUCUCUGUUGCACCUAAUUAUGGCCUCUCGGUACCCUAUUUCCACAAAAUAGUGGCGAAUCUGAGCAAUUUGACAGAGCUUUACCUUGAUCUUGUGAGUAUAUCUUCAUCUGUACAAGAUUGCUUCAAAGCUCUAGCUAAAUCUGUGCCACAUCUGCGGGUUCUUAGCUUGGGGUACUGUGACCUCCAAGGUGAUAUCAGCUCUCUCUCAAGGUUUAAGUCUCUAGCCGUGAUCAACCUCAGCGGCAAUUCUCAUAUCACCCCCGGUCCAUUUCCUGAGUUUCUCAUGAAUUUUCCCAAUUUAAGAGUGCUCCAACUAUCUGGUAUUAAUCUUCAAGGGUGGUUUCCUCGAGGAACGUUUCUAUCAAAAAAUCUAAGGGUACUCGACUUGUCCGGGAAUCCAGAUCUCUCAGGCCACCUACCAAACUUUUCUAAUGCAGCUUCUUUAGAAACACUAUGGAUAGACUCGACCAACUUUUCCUAUGAUAAAUCAAGCAAUUGUAGCAAUUUCAAGGCAUUGACAGAAUUGGUUAUCGAUGGAGAAAUAAUUUCCACAAAUUUCCGUUCUUCAUUUGGUAUGCUUGCAUCCUUGCGCAGAUUGACUGUGAUAGGACUAGAUUCACCAAGACAAUUGGAGUCACUCUUUUCUUGGUUUGGAGGCAUCAAGAACCUGAGAAGCUUGGAGUUCGACUCCUGCGACUUGUCCAUCACAAUACCUUCAUCCAUUGGAAAUCUCAAAAACUUAACAAGUUUAGUCAUAUCUGAGAGCAAGCUCACAACACAAACAUUAUCAUCAGUUACCAAUAUUAUAAACCUGAAAUUUCUCAAAAUCGAGUGCGUUGAUGAGUGCGAUGAUAGCUUCUUUGCUAUUCCAUCUGCUAUUGGGAAUAUGACUAACUUGGAAAGAUUGCACAUCCUGAAUUGUUGGCGUUCUCGGCCAAUAGGCCCAAUACCACAUGAAGUUGGCGCACUGAAGAAGCUGGAAUCACUUGUACUACGUUCUAUGGGUCUUUCUGGCAGAAUACCAAGUACAAUUGCUAAUUUGACUCAGCUGAUUGAGCUGCAUCUUAACGAAAAUUAUCUCAGUGGAGAAAUCCCAGCAUCUCUUUUCAUUCUUCCAAAGCUUGGCUACUUAGAUCUUUCACAAAACCAACUUUCUGGUCCCAUACAUGAAUUCGAUGGAGCAUGUUCAUGCUUGAGGAUUGUAUACUUGGAAAUGAAUAAUUUGACAGGGCAGAUUCCCCAAUCAUUGUUGGUACUCCCAAAUUUGACGACACUCGAUAUUGAGGGCAACAACUUAAUGGGCUCAGUGGAUCUUGCAUCACUAUGGGGAGAGAAGCUCACUUCUUUCUCUCUUUCAUACAAUAAGCUGACUGUAAUAGAAGGGGAGGAUACUAACAAUUCUUCAUCUACCUAUCCCCAUCAGCUUAUGGAGAUAGGACUUGCUAGUUGCAAUAUGACAAAAAUACCAAAGUUAUUAAUGCAUGCCAAAUAUGUGACUUAUCUAGACCUUUCAAGUAAUAAAAUCAGCGGGGAUAUACCAAGUUGGAUAUGGGAUAGAUGGAAUUAUAGCCUCGCGUGGAUAAGUCUUUCACACAACAUGUUCACUGGUAUGGAACUCAAUUCAUAUGUUAUCCCAUUCAGCAAUACCUUGUAUAGUUUCGAUCUUAGCUUCAACAGGCUUCAAGGAUCGAUUCCUUUGCCAAGUUCAUCAGCUGAAAUAUUGGAUUAUUCAAAUAACAGUUUCUCUUCCCUUCUUCCAAACUUCACGUUAUACCUUAGCUCCACUGCGUAUCUUAUGUUGUCACACAAUAAUAUAAGUGGUUAUUUGCCACGUUCAAUUUGUCAUUCACCUUUGGAAGUCCUUGACUUAUCGUAUAACAACUUUAGCGGACCGUUACCACAGUGCUUGAUGGAAAAUACAUUUUUGAGAAUAAUAAAUUUGAGGGAGAAUCAAUUCAAUGGGAUGCUACCUUCCAAUAUUUCUAUUGGAUGUCAAGUCCAAACAAUAUAUUUGAAUGGCAAUAAGAUUGAAGGUCAGCUUCCAAGGACACUCUAUAAUUGCACUAACUUAGAGGUUCUUGACCUCGGAAGGAAUCAAAUUGCAGACACUUUUCCAUCCUGGCUAGGGGGGCUUUUGAAUCUUCGUGUACUUGUCUUGAGAUCCAACAAGUUCCAUGGUUCAAUAGGUCAUCUUGAAGAUGAAAAAUACAGAGGACACUUCUCAAGCUUGCAAAUCAUUGAUCUGGCCUCAAACAAUUUCUCUGGAAAAUUGCAUCCGCAAUGGUUUGAAAAUUUGAAAUCAAUGAAGCAAUAUGACAAUAGAGGACAGAUAAUAGAUCAUACAGACAUACUUUACCAAGACUCUAUCACAAUAUCAUGCAAAGGGCUUUCCAUGACCUUUGAAAGGAUCUUAACUACCUUAACUGCAAUAGACAUAUCAGAGAAUGCACUGGAAGGAAGCAUUCCUACUUCGAUUGGAAAUCUGCAUUCACUACUUCUACUAAACAUGUCUCAUAAUGUCUUCACUGGACAAAUUCCACCCCAACUUGGUAGCAUAACUGCUCUGGAGUCCCUGGACCUGUCUUCAAACAUGCUAUCAGGUGAGAUUCCGCAAGAGUUAACUGAUCUCACCUUCCUUAGCACCUUGAAUUUGAGCAAUAACCAAUUGGAUGGAAGAAUACCACAAUCACAUCAAUUCGACACGUUCCAGGAGAGCUCAUUUGAUGGCAAUGCAGGACUCUGUGGACCCCCUCUAUCCAAAAAAUGUGGCCCUUCGGAUAUUCCAAGUGAAACACAUCUGAAAAACUCCUCUCAUGGUGUCGAUGUUGUUUUGUUUCUCUUUGCUGGUGUGGGCUUUGGAGUGGGAUUUGCAGCAGCUAUUGUAUUGAAACUGGAUUAUUGGAUCAGCUGGUGGUUCCAUAUUUUCAGGAUUCUAUGUUGA